UGCAAAGAUGGCGUCCGUGCAGCUAACGGACGAGGAGCUUUUCUCGGAGUUAAAACGCUUCGGUUUCUCUCCGGGCCCGGUUACGGAGAACACGCGGCCUGUAUACUUAAAAAAACUCAAAAAACUACGCGAGGAGCAACAACAGCGUUCCAGAGGCGUGAAAGGGCGAAACGGCAGCAGCGUCAACAAUAACAGUAGUAGCAGCAGUGCUAGCAGCAGCGGCGGCGGUGGUCAUAACACAGCGGCGGGAACCUCAGCGUUCCGGGCUCGGCCGACGGCCAGUGACGUCACGUACGUGAACUCGACGCGAAGCCCAGGCACUCGACCACUUUUGAACGAAAAGCGAGCAGACAGGAGCGGAAAGUUCGUCUUGGGCUUUAGCUCGGACGAGUCAGACGUGGAGGCGCCGCAGAAAAAGGGAGGCCUGAACCACAGCGGCGGCAGCAGGAGAGACCGAGGCUCGGCGCUUCACUCCGUAAGGCCUACUACACCAGAGACACCCGCCGCCGGCGCACGCAGAAGUACCGGUCUCGGUUUAAACAACAGCAGCAGCAGUAGUAAAUUCCAUCUCGGGCUUUCAGAGAGCAGAAGAAGCGGCCUCGGUUCUCCGUGGUGGACAGAACGGGGGAAAUCCAGCUUCGGAGACUUGGAUAAGGAUGACGGCGAACCGGAGGACGGUCUCGAAGAGGAGCCUCAAAGGACCGGGAGAACUCUGAACGGUAGUAAAGGGUCUUACAGUAACAAGCUCUGUGGGGAUUAUUCUGAUUCGGACGAAGAAGACGAGGAGGAGGAGGAACGGGAAUACCGACGCGACCGCCGUCUGCUCUCCAGACGGAGUGCGACGAAGUUCACGUCCACUCCGUACAAAAGCGUCUGGGAGUCGGAGCGCGUCCGGGAAAAGGUUGCAGACACCAGGCCCGGUGCUGCCGGUCAAGACAUGGCGAGUGAGGACGACAGAGAGACCAGCGAGUUUACAGGGAGCUAUCUGAAAAGUUCCCGCUUCACGAGUGUAAACGGCGAGGAGGCCGCGGCGACCACCGAGAGCUUCAGCUCCGGACUCAGACCUCGGUUUUCCACGUACAACAGCCUGGCCUCCAAUUACGCCUUCAACCACUCGAACCACACCGGCUCCAACCAUAACUACAGCCCCAAACGGAAGGCCACGGGACCGGAGGAUGAGCUGCUGGAGCAGUUUAAACGGGACGAGGUGUCAGUCACCGGCGGCUUCAGCGCACACUACCUGUCCAUGUUCCUCCUGACCGCCGCCUGCCUCUUCUUCGUGCUGCUCGGCCUCAUGUACCUGCGCAUGCGGGGCUCUGGAGCCCCAGACGGAGUGAAUGGCAGAAGCCACCCAUUUGGUGCAGAAUUUGAUAAAACAUAUAGCCACACAGAGAGAGACACCAUCCUCAGUCUUCUCCUCCAUCUGCAUGACCAUCUGGCCAAUACUGCAGGUGAACAUGACUGCAAAGAUCUCAACGAACCAUUAAACAGAAGUGUCUCCUUCUCGGAGGCCACCAAGUAUUUGAAGCUGCAAAAUAAAAGCUAUGAAUGUUGGAUAGAAACAGCCAUGGAGUGGAUCAUUAGAACUGGAGAUAUUUCUGGAAUAAGGUUGAUUACAGAUGACCCUAUGCAACUAGUGGAGGAUGUGUCUGACAUUACUCGUCUGGAGUCCACACACCCUCGCAUGUCCUUCAUUUGCCGCCUUCGACGAGCCUUCUUCACUGUGAUCUACAGAGUGCUCCUCAUCCUUGCUGGAAUUGCCAUUGUUUAUGGCGUACUGCGUUACAUGAAGUACCGAUGGAGGAGGGAGGAGGAGGAGACCAGGCAGAUGUAUGACAUGGUGGAGAGAAUCAUAGAUGUCCUGAGGAGUCAUAAUGAAGCAUGCCAGGAAAACAAGGACCUGCAGCCUUUUCUGCCCAUUCUUCAUGUGCGGGAUUCUCUCAUUCAGCCUCAGGAGAGGAAGAAGAUGAAGAAAGUAUGGGAUAGAGCUGAAAAAUUUGUCUCUGCAAACGACUCCCGCAUCCGGACAGAAGAACAGAGGAUUGGAGGAGCAGAUUUCCUGGUGUGGCGGUGGCUUCAGCCUCCCCUGUCUUGUGACAAGAUGUGCAAUAUGCCUUCCAAAGUAUGGCAGGGAAAAGCAUUUCCACUGGAUCGAAGGAAUUCACCACCAAACAGUUUAACGCCGUGUCUGAAAAUUCGCAACAUGUUUGACCCUGUAAUGGAGGUGGGGGAAAACUGGCAUCUUGCCAUUCAAGAAGCCAUUUUGGAAAAAUGCAGCGAUAAUGAUGGGAUUGUCCACAUUGCCGUUGAUAAGAAUUCACGAGAGGGCUGUGUUUAUGUGAAGUGCCUUUCAGCCGAGCACUCUGGGAAAGCUUUCAAGGCACUGCAUGGCUCUUGGUUUGAUGGAAAGCUGGUGACUGUUAAGUACCUACGUCUUGACCGCUACCACCAGCGUUUCCCGCAGGCCUUGGGCUGUAACACACCACUGAAACCAUCCAGUUCCAGCAUGAACACCAUGGCCCGGUUACACCAGCGCUCCAGCCCAUCCAGCUUCCUAAGCUUCUCCUGAGCCCGAACCUUGUCCUCUUAUGCGCUCUCUUCCUUUUCUUCUCCUUCUCUCUCUGAGAGUCUCCCUGUUUCCUGGGUCUUUCCCUGCAGUCGGAGCCAUGCUCAGGAGCUUUUCCUUCAUUGAAGACAUGGUCUUUUGUAAGCAGGUCUAAAGUGACUGUUUGCUGCAACCCUGUCAGCUUAUUUGUCUUGGAGAUGGAGCUGAAGAGGAGAGCUGUGCACAAUGAACAUUUUGGGAGUUGUCAGAGCUUUGCUUAGGACAGCUAGUCAUGCAUAUCCCUCCUCUGAAACUUUGGUGCAAUGGACACAAUUAUCUAUUAUGCUUUUCUUUUUUCUGUCUCCCCCCCCCCCCUUUUUUUUUUUUUUUUUGUUUAAAAACACAGACUGGGUUUAUGGACUAAACAAGGAAACAUUGCUUCCAAUUUAUUCUAAUAUUCAGAUUUGAGGAUGUACGAGAGAGAACUGAAGCUGCAGUCUGUGGUUCCUCUCUUGUCUGGGUUUUUUUUUUGUUUUGUUUUGUUUACUCCUCUACUUGGUCAAAAGGAGUUUUGUUGGGCUAUACAUAGCUGCAUGUGCUGGUUCCAAUAUCCCUAUAUUUAUGCUUUAAAUUGUAUCAUAUAACGUGGAUGUUUAUUUCCCUGAAGACUUUUUAACUUUAUGUAUUUCCUUUCUUUGUAGUUUUUAGUCCAAAACAAUGGCAUGCACACACUCUCAAAGGGGUGCUGUAAAUAUUUUGUCGAAUGGUGGUGGUUAAAAUUGUCUAUAUAAAACUGCAGAUUGCCAUAAGCUCUAAUUCAUUUCCUACCAACAAACGAGUGAAAAGACGUACCAGAGGGGAUGCUGUAACCACGCGGUAGUGAUAUACAAGCCGCUUGGUUUUAAAACGCGUGUCCAGUAAUUGGCUUCUUCUGUAAUUUAAUGCGUCUUCCCCCCUCCCCCCAACUUCAUGCAUUUCUCACCUCAGUCCUGCCAUUUUGAUUGUAUUCCAUUGUACUCUAAUGUAUUAUUAUUAUUAUUACUAUUUUCUUUAUAUUUUGAAAGUUAUGCAUUUUCAUUAUUAUUGGUGCAGUUUCAUGGUUUUGAUUUUUCUUUCCUCAUCCACAGACCUCCUCUGGCCACCAAAGCGAUUUAGUGCACAGCUAAAGCUAAAGUAUUCCACGUGAUCAGGAUCAGCACACCUGGUCACGGUGUUUCAGUAUGUUGCUGUUUCCACCGUGUUUUACCCAUCGUGUGUCGUAGUCCUGUGAGAGAGGGGCAGAUAAGCCAUGCUGAUCUUCACAAAGCAUGUUUUGUUUAAAUAUGGUGAGGGUUCAUUUGAGAUUAAUAAAGUGUAAAUUUGUAAGAAACAUUGUCCCCAAUUAAUUAUCAAGGGUCCGAUUAACUCCUGUGGGCCCAUACAAAGGUUGUAAUGACUUGGCGAUAUCAAAGUUGCAGAGUGAUUGACCAAGCAGUUAUAUGAUGGGUUUGGUAAAAACCUAUCAUAUAACUUAGUUCUUCCCUUAGUUCUCCAUAUUUUUUCUAAAAAAAAAGUCAUUUCUAUCAGAAAUGCAGUGCAGAUGGAGUGGAGUAUUUGCAGCAAGAAGUACAAGCAAUGCACAAAACAGUGCACUGUUCUCUGCAGCAAAUGACCAAAUCGUGCCUUAAUUUUGUGUUUUAGGGACUGGCGCUGCACCUGCUGGGAAUGUGUUUACUAUUUUUAAAUUAAUUUCCAAAAUUGAGUGGAAUCAUCAUUUGAGGAGCAGAGGUAGUCAAUUCUCUGAUAAAACUCCUGAAUAUUUUUUUUUUUUUUUUUUAAUGGCCAUGGCAUGAGAUGUCUAGUACACUCAUGGGUGCAGUUAAUUAUAAACUAUUCAUCCGGUCAGUUCGACUGGUCAUCAAGGUUGCACACUAUAGUGUCUCACCUCUGCACAAGUGCUUUUUUGACUGCAGGGUUGACCUAUUUAAACAAUUGUAUGAUCUCAGAGCUGACGUGAGGAAAAAUGCAGACAUGUUACUGUACUUGCACACAGUGUAAUUUGCUUUGUGUCCAUAGCCCAGUGUUUUUACCCCUUUUUAGUGUGUUUCCCUUUUUCUGUGUAGGCUGUAAAUUCAGUGAAUGUAAACUUGGUUUGGUGUGGCGUGGCUUGAAAUGGUGCCUGACUUGCAUCUCCAUUAUUGUUUUUUUUUUUUUGUUUGUUUGUUUUUUUCCCCUCCUCUAUGAUGUACCUUCUGUACACUGAACAUUUUUAUCUGUACAAAGUAAUAUUAUGCAGCAGCAGCGGUCUCAGCAGAUUUUAUGGUUUUGACCAAGAUCCCUGACCUGCAAGUCAGAGGGGAACGUGAACAAUAAUCCAGGCUUUUUCAAGCUUCAGAUUGUUUUAAUGUAAUUUUGUCACUUGUUAAACCUGCUCUAAUUAAAGGUUUAUUAGGGGUU